AUGAACCGCGAGAGCUUCGCGGCGGGCGAGCGGCUGGUGUCGCCGGCUUACGUGCGGCAGGGUUGUGAGGCCCGCCGCUCGCAUGAGCACCUCGUACGGCUGCUUCUGGAGAAGGGCAAGUGUCCAGAGGAUGGUUGGGAUGAAAGUACACUUGAACUCUUUUUGCAUGAACUUGCGAUCAUGGACAGCAACAACUUCCUGGGUAAUUGUGGUGUUGGUGAAAGAGAAGGGAGAGUGGCAUCUGCAUUAGUUGCUCGGCGUCAUUACAGGUUCAUUCAUGGAAUUGGACGAUCGGGUGAUAUUUCUGCUGUGCAACCAAAAGCUGCAGGUUCUAGCCUUUUGAACAAAAUUACCAAUUCUUUGGUCCUGGACAUCAUAAAGUCGGCUGGUGUCCAUACAGUGACCAACUGCUUUGUAGUUCCUAUGGCAACUGGUAUGAGUCUAACCUUGUGUUUCUUAACAUUACGACACAGAAGACCAAAGGCAAAAUAUAUUAUAUGGCCGAGAAUAGACCAGAAGUCCUGCUUUAAAUCCAUGAUCACUGCAGGUUUUGAACCCGUGGUGAUAGAGAACGUGUUAGAAGGUGACGAGCUGCGCACAGACCUGGAAGCAGUGGAGGCUAAAGUCCGGGAACUUGGGCCUGAUCACAUUCUGUGCGUUCAUUCUACUACCUCCUGUUUUGCUCCAAGGGUGCCUGAUAGAUUAGAAGAACUGGCUGUGAUUUGUGCUGAUUACGGCAUUCCGCAUGUAGUCAACAAUGCGUACGGGGUGCAGUCUUCCAAAUGUAUGCACCUCAUCCAGCAGGGGGCUCGAGUUGGUAGAAUAGAUGCUUUCGUACAGAGCUUGGACAAAAAUUUCAUGGUUCCAGUAGGUGGCGCUAUAAUUGCUGGCUUUAAUGAUUCCUUCAUUCAGGAAAUCAGCAAGAUGUAUCCAGGAAGAGCUUCUGCUUCACCUUCUUUAGAUGUCCUUAUUACUUUAUUAUCACUUGGAUCAAAUGGCUAUAAGAAGCUAUUAAAAGAAAGAAAGGAAAUGUUUUCAUAUUUGUCCAGCCAACUAAAGAAGCUGUCAGAAACCUACAAUGAAAGACUGUUGCAUACACCUCACAAUCCCAUAUCUUUAGCCAUGACACUUAAGACACUAGGUGACGACGAAGACAAAGCUGUCACUCAGCUUGGCUCAAUGCUGUUCACCAGGCAGGUGUCUGGAGCCAGGGUUGUGCCUCUUGGGUCUGUGCAAACCGUGAGUGGCUACACUUUCCAAGGCUUUAUGUCGCAUACAAAUAAUUAUCCUUGUGCUUACCUAAAUGCUGCCGCAGCCAUUGGAAUGAAGACGCAGGAUGUGGACUUGUUCAUAAAGAGACUUGACAAGUGUUUAAAGGCAGUAAGGAAAGAACAAAAUAAAGAGAGUCAUGUGUCUGGAGUUGACAAUUAUGACAGAACUGAAAAUGUGGAUAUUGAAGAAAUGGCUUUAAAACUAGACAAUGUGCUUCUUGACACAUACCAGAAUUCUUCAUGACAUGUGAGAGGUUUCUCUUUGAUAAUUUGAAAGAAGUGACGAGGCUGCAGUACAAAUAAGCGGUUUAAAGACAAGACUUUAGGUUUUUGAAUUGAGAAUUUCGUGGAGAAUGUUUGGUGGAGAACUAGAAUGUGAUCGGAGCUAGUCGCUGUUGACUGUUAGUUUUUUUACUCUUAGACCGCCUCAGCCAUUAUGAUCCUUAACAGAUAAUACACAAUUAACAUUUUCCUAAUUGUUAUCCUAUUUGUCAGUUACGCAUCAGGAUUCCGAUAAUUCUUACAGGACAGUAAAAUUACUUCUUGAUUGCUUUCGAAA